CGGCGAGAGUGGGGACGCACUGGUCGCUCCCGACACCGAGGCGAGCGCGCUGUGGCCUGUGCCGAACUCGGCUCGCGGAUCGCCCUCACAUUCGAUCUACAGUGUGUUUACUCGCAGACUUGCUGAUUUGUUUGCGAGACGAUUGCAUAACGAACCACGGAUUUGAUGUGUAUUUGAACAAUUUUUGUGUGAACCGAACUAUGGAUAUUGAAAUAACCUGAAAGUUUCUAACUUUCUAGAGAACGAUAUCCUCUCAUUUGGAUUCCGGAUGCACGAUGCUAUUGAAAUGACGUCACAACACCAUGGGCGUUAUCACUCUUCUGUCUCGCCUGAAAUGCGGCGUAUUUGCAUUUCUAAUCAUUAUCCAUAUACCCAUUCUACAAGGAGAAGAACAAUCUCAAUGUCCAAGCUUAGCAGAAAACCCAAUUUGUCCCUGUUAUAAUUUUAAAGAAGGAUUAUUUUUGGAGUGCCCCAGCGCCACCCCAGGGGUCGUAAAAAAUGUUUUGUCGAAGAUAAGAGGAACCAUCCAGUCGUUAUCAAUAUAUGAUUUAGAAAUCUCAACGACAGAAUUAAAUGCAGAUAUAUUUCCACCAAAGAUAAAAAUCACCAAUCUACAGAUUUCGCAGUCGGGGAUAAACAAAAUAAGUUCUAACGCUUUUACAUCGCUACGUGACUCGUUAGGAUCUUUGAGCAUAAUUUCCAGUAAAUUAAACAAAAUUCCGCAUGAAUCAUUCUUGGAACUUUACAAUAUUGAGGCACUUGAUUUACAGCUCAACGACAUCAAGGAUAUUCAAGCAAACACUUUCAGAAAUGUUAAGUUGAAGAAAAUCAAUUUGAAGGGAAACAAAAUAGCCAAUAUUUCAGAAAAUGCAUUUUAUAACUUAGAAGAAUCUCUUACAGAACUGGAUAUCAGUGAAAAUUUUCUAACUAUAUUUCCUUUAAAACCUUUGGGAAAACUUAAUAAACUUACUAAUUUAAGACUUGCGUGGAAUAAAAUUAACUCUAUACCAGAUGAUAUAAAUGUAACAAUACCAAAUUUGCUAACUUUGGAUCUUAACUCAAACUAUUUUACAAGAAUUGAUAGGUACUGGUUUAGAUGUAUGCCUAAAAUAAAAACAUUAACAUUUUUUAGUAACCAUAUUCAACAAAUAGACGAAGAAGCAUUUUAUUCAUUAGAUAAACUAGAGACAGUGGAUUUGAGUCGGAAUAAAAUAACAUCGCUGGCGAAGAAUAUAUUUCAGAAGAAUCCAAACAUUCGCACAAUAGAUUUGAGUCACAACCAUCUGCACCAUAUAAAUGGAGUCUUUUCAAACCUUCAUGAACUCUCUGAAAUAUUUCUUUCAGAAAACAAUAUUUUGGAGAUAUCUGAUGAUGCAUUCGACAACGCUUUUGGCGUAACAGUUCUCAACUUAGAACACAAUGCCAUACAAAAAUUACAUCCAAAUUGUUUUUCAUCUCUACAAAAUUUAACACAACUACAUAUGGGAACAAACUUUUUAAAUAAACUUCCUCGUAGUGUAUUUCAAACGAAUCGUAAACUCGUAACUUUAAGUCUAGAUAAUAAUGAAAUUAAUGAAUUAGACGAAUUAAUAUUUGAAAAACUUGAUGAAUUAAAAGAAAUACGUUUGCAAAAUAAUAAGUUAAGUCAAAUCAAAAGAAACGUAUUUAGUCCUCUGCCGGGACUUUUAGAGCUACAUUUGCAAAAUAAUGUUGUACAAACUAUAGACUCACAUGCAUUUAUUACCUUAAAAAGUCUUCAACACAUCAACCUACAAGGUAAUCGCUUAACCACCAUAGGCGAUGUAUUUCCCAACAGGAAUUCAUCCUUGGUUUCUAUACAACUCGGUGCAAAUUAUUUAUCUUUGUUAAAAAAUAGCUCUCUUAGAGGGCAGAUGAACGUGCAAAUAAUGUGGCUAAGCCAAAAUAACAUAAAAAUGUUAACAUCUAAUCUUUUCAAUGAUUUGUUAAAUAUUCAAAGGCUGUAUCUAAAAAAUAAUAGUAUUGUACAUAUAGAAAAUAGAACAUUUAUGCACUUGAGAAGAAUUAAGUUUCUAGAAUUAAGUAAUAAUAAGCUUAUUAAGUUAAGUAAUGAGACCUUUUAUAAACUUGUAACGUUGGAAGAACUGUACCUACAAAAUAAUCAUAUAAAUCAAGUCACCAAAGAUACGUUUCAGUUUUUAACCAAAUUAAAAUUUCUAGACUUAUCACAUAAUGACAUUGUCAUAUUUAAUUUUGAUAUUUCUUCAUUACCUAUUAAACAGCUUCGACUAAGUAGGAACUCGAUAGCAAUAAUAGAAGUAGACUCACUGAAAAGCCUACCAAACUUAAGUGAUCUAGAAAUGAAUAACAAUGACUUGACUUGGGAAGAUAUUAUUCAAAUACAGAUACCCGGACUAAAAUCCUUGAUAAUAUCAGAAAAUAACUUUACGCUGUUGGAAAAUAAAACCUUUGCGCAUCUGCCUUCAUUACAGACGCUCUCGCUGGAACUAUCAAAUAUAUCACAACUGCCGCCGACGACAUUCAUAAAAAAUCAGAAUCUACUGAGAAUAAAUUUAGCUUAUAAUAAUCUGCGAGACUUACAUAAAGAUGUAUUCGCGUACACAACUAUAUUACAGGAGCUCAAUCUAAAAGGAAACAAUUUCACAGACUUCCCUCACCACGCGCUCUUUAAUGUAACGUCGCUUGAAAUAUUAGACUUGUGUAGCAAUCAAUUACACAGCGUAGAUUUUUUCAAAUUCAUCGGCUUACAGAAUUUGAGGUCUCUUAAUUUGUGCAAUAAUCGUAUUUCUAUGUUAAAUGGCUUUAAUUCUCCUUCUCUUAAGAAUUUAGUUACAUUGAAUUUGAGCAAUAAUAUGUUAACAGUUCUUCCACCGAACUUUUUUCAUCAUUCCGUAGGCCUGAAAGAGAUUGAUCUAUCACAAAAUCUUUUCAAAAACAUACCCAGUAAUGGCUUAUCUGAAGCAGUUCUCCCAGCACUUACCACAUUAAACAUGUCUUCUAAUUCUUUAGUGCAAUUAUUGCAAACAUAUCCUUCAAAACUGUUCCCUCUACUAGAGGAGCUAGUAGUCACAAAUACAAACUUAACGAUUAUCACGAGCAAAGACUUUGAAAAUUUCCCAUCACUCAAGAGGCUGAUGCUUUCUCAGAACUCUAUAAUUCGUUUAUCUCCCGGCGCGUUCUCUAAGCUACAUAACUUAGAAAUGCUUGAUUUAAGUCAAAAUAAAUUAGAAAACAUUCCAAGGGAAAGGCUUCAAGGAUUGUAUUCAACACGCGUCCUGAAUAUAUCUCAGAACGUCAUCAGGGAACUGGAAGAUUUUACAUCAGACUUACAAAGUCUACAAAAGUUAGACAUUUCAUUUAAUCAUAUUACAAGAAUAAAUAGAGACGUGUUCCGAGGACUCCAAAGCCUGACAGAAUUGUAUUUAAGUGGCAACUGGCUAUCAGCGAUAUCUGCAGACGCGUUUCGAAACCUGAAUAAGAUAACCUUUAUUGACUUGAGUCGAAACUACUUCGAAGUAAUACAGAUGAAAAUGCUCACAGUACUUGAAACACAAAUCAAAACUAUAUCUUUUAAUGAGAAUCCACUAACUUGCAACUGUGAAACACAAGAGGUUUGGCGAUGGAUGAAAGAACACUAUAAAAUUGUCAUUAAAGGCAGUCGUAACUUGCGUUGUGAACACCCGGAAGAUCUUCACGGUUAUAGCUUCAUCGAAUUACCAUCUCAGAAACUUUGCGAUAUACCUAUCGUCAUCCGCAUUGCUAUACAGGAUAUCCAAACAUAUUCGAUCAUAGUGUCUUGGCAGAGUCGCAACCAAACUGGUUUGAGUGCAUAUCAAGUAGCUUAUUUUAGCGAGGAUCAUCCGACUAUGAUACGAGGAAAAACGCUGAACGCUACAGCAAGGUCCACGAGACUCAAUAACUUGACACCAGGAUCCCGUUACACUGUUUGCGUGAUAGCAGUUGGCAACUUCGGCACAUCAAGUUCUACAGGAUUUUCCGUACCAGACGCUCGGAUAGCCCUCUCUCCAGAAACUGCAAGUAUAAACCAUUUAUACGGGGACGAACAAAUUUUUAACCAUCUCCGUCCUUAUAUGAACGAUUCUUUGAGCAGUAAAUGCACCAGUGUAAGCACUAUAGAAAUCUUCGGAGCGGCAAUAGACAGUCCAUUCUCCAAUACAUACAUGGACAUCGCAGAUAUAUUAACGAGGAGGCUAAGCUUGGUUGUUGGCUGUUGUAUUGGAUUUAUAGUGUUCGUUGUGUUAGUUUCCGCACUGGGGUACAUCAAAACAAAGAAGCGCCAGGUUAUUGUGAAGGCUGAAGUUCAGCAAGCUCCUCAAUAUAUUUCGUACGACAAUUUCAAUACUCCUGGCGUAGAGGUUCAGACUACUGACAUGGAUAUAAACACAAUCACGGACAAGACAAAAGUACCAUGCAAACAUGACUGAAAACCGAUGUAAAUACUGAUCAUGAAUAAUAUUGUGUUCAAGAAAUUAAACGGAAGGUAUUGGAUGUUUUCCAAUUUGAUUCCUCAGUGAGUAAGAUGCCACUCAUCUUGGAAUAGAACCAUUCAUACCUUCAUCGCUUUUGAGGUCUCUUCAGGAAGUUUGGCAGACAGGAAUGAAUUAUUACAUCUACGAGCUAUCAAUAACGAAAUGUGUGAUAAUCGAAAAAGUUUUACGUCAUCAGGGUACUUUUUUUUGCUAUAUAGUUUAUAUCUUAUGUCGCGUUAGAACAAGUUGUAACAUAAUUAUUUCUAUUAAUUAUUUACUAAUAUUAACUUUUAUAUUUAUUACGUGACUGUUUUUGGUUAUCAAAGUAUGUAAUAACAACUAUGUAAUCUAGUCUAGACCAUCUUUAUAAGCGUAGUCUACGCUAUUGUUUUACCAAAAUCUUAGGUACUAAAGAGAACAGUGGAGUUUAUCUAUGUUUUAACUAUGUGUGGCUUGAGAGUCAUACUUGCAAUAUGAAUAGUAAGACGGUAAUGUAAACAUCUUGAUAGUUAUGCAAAAUAUUAUGUUAACGAAUGAACUGAUGUGAAAUGUGUAUGUAAACAUGUAUAAUAAUGAUCAAAGAACGUGUAAAUUUUCAAGAAAAUCUUACAUCUAAUAUAUUUAAGUUUAAGUUUUAAUUAACGUUUAACGUUAUCUUCGGUUGGAAAUAUAAUAAUUUCUAUUGUGAUUAUUAUCAUAGAUGUAAGUAUUAAAUAUUAAGUAUUAGAAUAAAUUUUAAAAUAUGUUGUGUAUAAUAAAGUCAAAUGAGUUACUACUCUGAUAGUUGUAAUGACAAUGUUAUAGAAAAACGGUCUCAUAAUUGUGUAAUAAGUAAAAACGAAUAUUUAUACUCACACAUUUCUAAGUAUCCAUAGUUAUAAUUAAUAGAUAAUGUACCGAUAGAUUUAAAUAACGAUAUUGUACUAAAUAAACGAAGAUAUCAGACUCGGACUAGUGUUAUGGAAAUAACUGUACCAAACUCUGUUGAUCCGUUUUGAAUUCAUCACAAUCCAUUUGAAACUAGUGUAAAGACUGUAGAAUUGGUAAUAAAACUUUGAAAACAUUAUUAUAAA